CUAGCAGUGUCGGUCAGUCAGAUAUCUUUCCGCUACCUUCCCGUCGUUUCGAGCUGCGUUGCCGCCUCAGCUUCCGUUGGCUCUCUCCCUGCUCCGGGGUGGCGGCAUUUAAGAGGCAGCUUGUUCAAGGGAACGCGCGCUUCGCGGAGCUUCGCUUGCAUGGGUGCGGGCGUAGAUGGUGAGUGAGCCGCGGCAUAGGCGGGGACGUGUGGGUGGAUAAGCGUGGCCGUGGAGGCGUGGCUUGGACUUGUGGUUGUAAGUCAGUGGGUGAGCGUAGGUGAAGUCAAAAAUGGUCUUGGGCCAAUGCGAUUGCGGCUGAGAUGGAGUCCGAUUAUGAGUCAGCAUGAACACCCAUUCUAGCAGUCUAUAGAGGCUGUGCUCGUUUCAGCGCCUCGGGAUGGACAGCCGUCAUGAUAACAGAGCACGAAGAUGACGUAGACAUUGGUCAUAAGUCACCUUGGGUGCGAACGAGGCCGAAAGUGAAGGUGUCCUAUGUACAAGUGACAGCGAACCAGCGCCCACCCGAACCACUUGCCAAAUUCUGUGAGUCUGUUUUAAGACAAAAGAGGCUCGCGCCAGGACCACAUAGAGGCCACGGCACCACACACACGGCGCGGUACAACGACCGUGCGGGAGCUGUGGCGUUCGUCGCGGGAAGAAGAAAGGUCCGAGUGUGGCUGUGCAUCUGUGAGCGCUGGGCGAAGGGCGAAGCCUCCCGUGGCCACAGCCUACCCAAGGGGGCAGUGGAGGGCAAGAGGGGAGGUGGCGAAUGCGUGCAGCCCAGCAGAAGCGACAGACACCUAGGCCAUAAGACACUGACCUAGGGGACUCCGGUGAGGUCGCCGCAGUGGCGGCCGCACGGAGUGAAUCGAAAUCGA